AUGAUUAAAUUCAUUAAGCACAAAAGAGAUACCAGUGGACUCACGCUCUUCAAAUUAAAGCACACAAAUAUGAUUUUUGUUGAUAUGGCAGACAGUCUGACAAUUCACACCAGAAAUGAAGAAUUUGUGAUCACCUAUGAUGACCAAGACUAUGAGGAAAUUGAUGUUAACAAAGAAAUCAAAAAUCUGUUUUCUAUUGGAAACACAACAAACCACAAAGUGAAGAUUCAGUUCACUUCUAAAAGUGAUAUUGAAAAAUACACAAUCCGUUUUGAACCUUCAAUUGUAACAAUUCCCCCAAAAUUUGCGUGUGAAUUUAGUCUAUUUCUUAAUCCAUUGUGUACAUCGACAAUAGACAGUACUUUUGUUGUUAGUUAUCUCUUUACCACAAGUGAUGGUACAUCAUGUGCACAUCAUGUUAAUUUUAAAUACACCACCAAACUAUCAACACGACUUGAUCCAGACGAGUUGGUUGAAGAGAAGAAACUUGGAGAAGACUCUUUUGGAAUUGUGUUUAAAGGUAUUUUCAGAGGAAAUAUCGUUGCUAUCAAAAAGAUGAAAAAUUUUGUCAAUUCUUCACAUCAAAUGGAAGAAUUUGAGAAUGAGGUUUUAAUGUUAGACAAGUUGAGAAGUGAAUUUAUCGUUUACUUUUAUGGCGCUGUAUUCAUACCGAGCAAGAUAUGUAUGGUCACCAAAUUUGCACAAUAUGGAAGUUUACAAGACUUGAUGAAAAAUAAAAAGAGUGAAAUUAUGAAUAUAAAACUUUGUGUCAAAUUCAUGUUAGACGCUUCAAAGGGAAUAUUAUAUCUUCAUGAGAAUGGGAUGCUACACAAAGACAUCAAACCAGACAACAUCUUCGUGUUGUCAAUAAAUUUGAAUGGUGUAAAUGCAAAGUUAACUGAUUUUGGAAGUGCUAGAAAUGUCAAUUUAUUGAUGACUAAUAUGACCUUUACAAAAGGAAUUGGAACACCAAGUUAUAUGGCGCCCGAAAUGUUGAAACAAAAAAAACACGAAAUGUGCAGACGUGUAUUCAUUUGCAAUAACCAUGUUUGA